UAGCACAGCUAACCACGACAUUCACCAAGACAAACAUACAGGGAGGGAAUACAUCCCUCAGCACUGGACUGCGAUAACACUGUACAAAUGUAUAAACUCGUAUACCCUUUUGUAAUUCAAUCUGGAUAAAAUAAUACCUAGUAGCGUUAUUCAGAUUCGCAGGGCGAAAGACACUACAAAGACUCUUUGAAGAUCGGGAGACUGAGUAUAGAUUUACAAAUCAAACACGAUUAAACAAAGGACACAAUGCACGUGGAAGUUUCAGUUGCCCUUAACUUUGUCAUAUCCUACUUGUAUAACAAAUUACCACGACGACGGGUUGAUAUGCUCGCAGAGGAAUUAGAGAGAGGACUGAAGAAAAAGUUUCAAGGCCAUUGGUAUCCCGACAAACCAUUUAAAGGUUCUGGCUUUAGGUGUGUUCGAAUGAACGGAGAGAAAGUCGAUCCUGUGUUUAUCCACGCCGCCAGUGAGUGCGGUUUAUCCUUGGAAGAAGUCAAGUCCUAUCUCCCUGAGGAACUAACCGUCUGGAUUGACCCUGCAGAAGUAUCAUAUCGUAUCGGAGAAAAAGGACAAAUAAAAAUUCUGUACAGUGAUAGAAAGGAUAAGAGUACCGAAACAGCUGAUCGCGAAAUCCAGGCGGCAGGCCGUGCAUUCAAUCCUGAUGCACAAUGUUUUAAACCUAUCGACAACCUGUCGGCUUCACUGAACAAUAUUUGCCUAUCACCUGUAAUGCUAUCUCCGUCAUCGCCGACGUCAUCAAAAGGAUGGUCAGCCAGCGCGUCUACGUCACCAUCCAGCUCACUGUUCAACUCCACUCUAUCCAGACCCACACCACCAGCUACACUCGUGUCAAAGGAUAAUCCCGUUACUCAAUUUACAGCAGCCUCAUUUGCACAGACAAAGUUUGGAUCUACAAAAUUGAAAACUAAUGCCAAAAGACCUACGCGUCUUUCGCCAACAGAACUGGGGAACUUCUUCCGCCAGCGGUCUUCAGUACUCCAUCCUCCUAAUCCAAAUGGCUAUUGUUCUCCACAGAGACCGCGUUCCUUAUCUCCAAGAGAUCCACGCCUCGAAUUUUACAUGGAUCAGAAAAACCGUGUUUAUCUUUCUCAACAACAGCUCCAUCAUCAACAACUCCAGCAGAUGCAGCCGCAACAUCUGCUCCACUCACCUCAGCACGGAAGUAGUCCGUCCUCUCCAAUCAGUGACAACGGAGUAGUCAGAUCACCGAUGUCCAGUCAAGGCUACGUCCCUGGUCAUUUGAACGACUUCAUGUCAGCCUCGUCUCCGCUGACGUCUCCCGCCAAUUCCGUAGCUGUGUCACCGGACUCGGACAAGUCGUUCAUAGAUGGAAUAAAUUUGAAUAACAUUUCAUAUACGGCACAGUUUCCUCACAUGUUGUUGGCCAAUUAGGAUUUGGGUAGUAUAGCUUGAGUGAAAGACGACGACACUUUACGUGUUUAAUCGUAGAUGUUUAGCUGAGAUUCUUCACAUUCUUUAGGAUCUGUUGGUUUGAAAUCUCCUUGAGGGGAAGACAACAUGUUCCUAACUCGAUAUUCACGGUUGUAGCUGGGUUUGGUUCAUGCUGCCAUAAGUGACUGUGUCACUUAGUAUUUAUAUCUAUAUUGACAUAUUUUGGAGGGCAUCAAUUAUCGUAUUAAAGUCCCAUAGUAGAGUGGUUCAUGUACAUUCUACAAAUGACUAGUGGAGAUUUAUUGUUUUUAUUUAAUUAGAUAUUCCACAUAUUAUAUCAUAUGUUAUAUAGCUAAGCAGUUAAAUUAUUUUUAUAUUAGUUAUAAUUUUUUCAAGUCGUUCGUACAAAAGAUUAUAUAUAUUCGUACACUUUUUAUGAUGGUCUAUAUGUAUAUACAGAUGGGAAUUAGGUUUUCUAUGGAGAGUCCAGUAUCAUUUUGAUAGAGCCUAUUUAUACACACCAUGUUCAUUAUUUGCUGUUACAUGGCCUCCAGGACGGGUGUAUCCACCACUGGUCAUCAUGACUGCUGUCGCCUUUUAAUUAUCAAAAUUAUCAAUGCUCUAAUGGUCACUCUCAAACACAGGUUUUCUUGAUAUUUUACCUGGAAGAACUUGCUCAGUCCUCAAUUAUAUAUAAAACGGACUUCUAAAUUAGAAUUUGAGAAAUUAAAAUUUGCAUAUAAAAAAAAUCUAAAGUUCAUAUAAAAUUUUAAAAAUUAAUGAGACAAAUGGACAGAUUGUGAUAAACAGCUUUAAUGACAGAACAUUAAGGGUUUUUUUUUUUUUUGGGGGGGGGGGUUUAGUCAUCAUUCCUUUUUCUCAAGAAAAAUGUUAUGAAACUGGAAACUGCUUCUUUUUUAUUCAUCCAUCUUUAUUUGAAAGCAAUAACUCAUUUGUCUGUUAGUUUAUCUCCUCUCCCGUUCCUAGCUAUAGGAAUCCGUCCUGUUGAUAACUCGUGACCAGUGGGACCCCAUGCCAAAAUAGCACCUGUCUCGGUAGGUCAGUUUAAGGUGUGUGUGAUCAUACGUUGUGCAAUAAUCAUUCAUUUCCAUGGCCUUGUAUGUUUGAGAAUUGUAUUGUUUAUAUUGCUACAUAUUUUUAAGUUUGUAAUAAAAAUUGGUAUUUUUAGA